CUCUUCUGCUUUCACCCACUAAUUCAUCUCUGCUGCUUCAAAUAGAGUCAAAGGUGCAAAGCCUUCGGAAUCAAAUCAAGGUUUAGUACGCGUGUGCGGCGUAAAAUCUCUAGAUUGAAAACCCCUAGGGCUAGGGUUUUAUUACUAUCGAAUCGGCAUUUGGCAAAAUGGAGGCUGUGGUUAUCGAUGCUGGCUCCAACCUCCUCAAGGCUGGACCUGCCAUUCCAGAUCAGUCUCCUUCCAUGAUAAUCCCUACCCAAAUGAAACGCAUGGUUGAAGAUGGGUCCUCAGCUGAUGGUUCCGGGUUUCAGGAUGUCACGAUUGAUCCAGUCGUGAGAGGUUUUAUUAAAGAUUGGGAUGCCAUGGAGGAUUUAUUGCAUCAUGUUCUAUAUACCGGCCUUGGAUGGGAAGUGGGAAAUGAAGGUCAAAUAUUAUUUACCGAUCCACUUUAUACUCCCAAGGCUGUCAAAGAGCAACUGGUGCAACUGCUAUUUGAAACAUUUAAUGUCUCGGGAUUUUAUGCAUCAGAGCAAGCAGUAUUGUCUCUCUAUGCUGUAGGACGUAUCUCCGGGUGCACUGUUGAUAUUGGUCAUGGGAAGAUAGACGUAGCUCCAGUUCUUGAAGGUGCAGUUCAGCAUAUUGCUUCAAGAAGAUUUGAAAUUGGAGGUUUUGAUUUGACAAAGUUACUUGCACAAGAACUGAGUAAGUCUAAUCCUCUGGUAAACCUCAGCUUUGCUGAUGCUGAGAAAUUAAAGGAGCAAUACUCAUGUUGUGCUGAAGAUGAAGUUGCUUAUGAGAGAACCCAAGAGUCAUAUGAGACAGAGGAACAUACCUUGCCUGAUGGACAGGUGAUAAAAAUUGGAAGAGAAAGAUAUACUGUAGGCGAAGCAUUGUUCCAACCAUCUAUAUUGGGUUUAGAUACACAUGGAAUUGUUGAGCAGCUUGUUCGUACUAUUUCAACUGUAUCUUCUGAGAACCACAGGCAACUGCUAGAAAAUACUGUCCUUUGUGGUGGCACUACAUCUUUGAUUGGUUUUGAAGAUAGGUUCCAGAAGGAAGCCAGCUUAUGCUCAUCAUCUAUCCGUCCUUCCUUAGUAAAGCCUCCAGAAUAUAUGCCUGAGAAUUUGACGGCAUAUUCAGCAUGGGUGGGUGGUGCAAUACUUGCCAAAGUAGUGUUUCCUCAAAAUCAGCAUGUAACUAAGGCAGACUAUGAUGAAACUGGGCCAUCUGUCGUCCAUCGGAAGUGUUUUUGAUAAGCCUCAUCUGAGUGAGUUGUUAGACUUUAGUUCUCUGUAUUCCUGUUUUUAUCAUACCAGAAUGUUAACCCUAGUAAAAAAAAAUUCAUCAAUUCAUAUGCUUUAAUUGAGAAAGCAACUUGCACUGAAUAUGAAUGCUGUUGACUCAAUAUCACCUGAUUUCAAGAAUUGGCUUUUGGCAUUCUUGCUGGCUCAUGAGUUUAUUUAUUC